AUGGCUGCCGUCUCGCUUCUUUCUUCUACCGCUGCUUUCGAAAAACAAUGCGAGAAAGUCGGGCUGGCGGCAAGCUGGGUAGAUGCUAUGAAAUCCACUGGCAUCACGACCCUUGGCAAGCUUAGCUAUGCGGUUUCGCUACCAGGAACGCAGCCUACGACAGAUGACAUGGAGAGCUUCACGACCGCCCUGCGGCCAGGGGCACCGAUCACCUUGGGCGACGCAUCGGCGAUCAAACAGCUGAUCUUCGAAGCUCAGACUAUGACAGUCGCAGAGCUACGGUCGACCAUGCAAUCCAGUGACGAAGCCUCGCGUAAAUUGCCAGCAUCUGAGCGCUCCAUGAGGAUCGAGGCUCAGAAGCGCCGGCUCCAAGGUCUUCCUCUGGAAGGACCGCUGUCUGUGGCGCACUGUGUCUACGACAAGCUCGCGAACAUGAGGGAGAACGAUGAGCUGAAGUAUCUUUCUCCGGGUGAGUGCAUCACCCGCGACGCUGAGCUUUGCAAUGAGAAGCCUCCGAAGGAUCCCCCGCCCGAGUUCCAGCGCGUGUCCCGGGCACAGGUGCUUCGUGCAGACAGGCAAUGCUUUCUGGAGCUGGCCCGCAUUUGCAACGGGAGCUUGAAGCCGGAUGCCAGCGGCGUCCUGCCCUUGGACCGUGAGUUCGAUACGAUGGAGCAAAACUUGUCGGUCAUGUACUUCUUACUUCCUGUCAAAGGCAAGGGCAAGGGCAAAUCCACCGACAAGGGCAACCCUCGCAAGAGAACGACUGAGGCCAAUGGUGAUGGGAAGGGCAAGAAGGCGAAGAUCACCCGUGACCCCAUUCCCGAGGCCUUAAAGGGGAUGCACUCCAGGACUCCCGAUAACAAGCCCAUCUGCUUCAACUACAACCUAGGCAAGUGCAAGGCCGGUGCCAAGUGUAAGUUCAAGCAC